GCAGCUCUCCUUUGCUGUUCAAUCGUCUCGGUUUUAUCGGUCACCACCUGCUCAUUCAGAGUCCCGUUGCAAAUCAAAAACCAAACGAAAACCAACAAGAUUCACAACGACAAUGCGUUACUGCGCAAAUCUCCUCUCGGUCGUUCUCGCUUUCCUGACGGCGGGAUCGACAGUCUCCGCCCAGAACUACGGCAAUGGUUGCAAGACCAUUAACUCCAUCUCCUACUGUGAGGCCGUCCAGGGCAUCGCCUAUAACGACAUCAGCGGAUCCGGAACGUACGAUGAUGUCUCCCGCAUGGACGCUGCAACUUGCAAGUGUGAUACGAAACCUAAGGCCUACAACGGAGCUAUGGCACCUUUGGAUGAGCAGCUCUCCCUGCACUUUCGUGGCCCAUUAGCUCUCAAGCAGUUUGCGGUGUACUACCCAAGCUCUUCAGCCCAGGGUAAGCGUAAAGCGAAGCGUGCCACCCACCUCCAGAAGCAUGCUCGUAACGACAGGAAGCAUGGACAUGGCCACAGGAAGCCUCACAGGAAGGCCGCUUCCGGGAAUAUGGUCCGCACUGCGUACUACGACUCCAAGAAGGGAACUGCCGAUGGACUCGUCUUCAUGAACCACAAGGGCGGAGAUGGCUCCGGUGUCUUCGACCACUGUUGGGGAAAUUCGCUGUCCUACAUGAGCCCGAACUGUAAGUCCGGCUCCGCUAAGCCCCAGAUCCUUAGCGAUAUCACCAUGCCUUCCAACACCGAGUUCGUGAUUUUCUCCGACGAGAAGUGUGAUGGCGACUGUGGUUACUCCCGUCCGGGCAUUCCGGCUCAUCGUGGUUUCGAUGGUAAGAACAAGAUCUUCAUGUUUGAGUUCCAGAUGCCCAGGGAUACCUCAGGUAGCUUCAAUCAGAAUAUGCCUUCCAUCUGGGCUCUUAACGCCAAGAUCCCCCGCACUGCUCAGUACGGUUCGUGCUCUUGCUGGGGCUCCGGCUGCGGCGAGUUCGACAUGUUCGAGGUCCUGGAGGACGCCCACGACUACGUCAAGUCCCACUACCAUGCCGCCCAGGGCGCUGUCUCCGGCAACAAGGGCGGAGGUGGUGCCCCCGACUACUUCAAGCGCCCCUACGACAAGACCAUCAAGGCUGCCGCCAUCUUCGACGAGCGGGGUACCGUCACCGUCAAGAUCCUGGAUGACGCGGUCCAGUUCGGCCGUGCCCUCGAUCCCAAGGUUCUCGGCGAGAACGCCAGGCCCAGCGGCAAGAUAUCCACCUACAAUGUUCCUAAGUAAAUUCGAUUUGCUUCAUGGUCC